AUGGCUGCCCGCGAAUUCAGUCUUUCAUUCGAAGUUUCCCCUCCUACCUCCGUACGUCCAGGUCAAGCUUUUACACUUCCAGUGGUUGUAUCGAUUCGACCCAUUGGCACACCUUCACGAAACGUACAAGCCCUUGCCGUGCACGCCUCUUUACGCGAUGAAUCCGGAGCCGGCGCCGCAGUAGGACUAGGCGGAAGUCUUACAACAAGUGUGCGCGAUGGUGCACUUAGCGGAUAUGCCAAAUUUGGACCCUUGACUAUCUCGCGACCAGGAAAGUACCGGUUACGUGUGAUGCUUGGUGCUGCUUCAUACAAUGGCGUCGUUACGAAGGAAUUUGUCGAUUCUGGUCUUAUCAUUGUGGGACCAACUGCACCAGCAGCUCAACGGCCAACUGCUACGCAAGUGGCUACUUUACAGCGGCUUACGGCUCAAAAAUUGGAUAUCACAUCUGCCGAUAUUGCGAAGUGGCAGACUGCGUAA